AGUGUAGACCUGGAUGACCACCAGAAACCUGAGUUUAGAAGAGUUUUUAGUUCUUCCAUCAUUGAAAAUGGGCAUCGAUCUUCAUCAUCAGGUCAGGCAAAAGUCACCCGUGAACUGACCUGCUUUCAGAUGUCAGAAUCUUCAUCCCCCGAAGCCCAUGCCCCUGCAGUCAUCUUACAGAUGCCCCACCUUCCCGUUACUGCAGUAACCAGGACAUCUGAGAAGUUUUCAGGAGAGAACAUCUGUCCAACCAAUACAUCUUCUUGCCUGCUGGGACAAGGAAAGAGCACAAAUACAAUGGGAGUAAAAUCUUCUAACCAGCCAGUGAAGGACUGGAAUUCAAUUACAAUGAAAACAAUGGAUUCAUCUGCCACUGGAGAGAAUGCUACUUCUGUCACCAAGCCUGCCUCAACUAUGAACUAUGGGCUGCGUAGUGGAGCCAAAACUGGUGAAAGUGCCAUUGACAGUUACUGUGAGGUGACCCCCAGCUCUCAAUCACCUCCUCCUACUGUGCAUCGCCAAGUUGAAAGGAGGCGAGAGUUGGUGCGGUCUCAGACACUCCCACGGACUGCAGGAACGCAGGCCAGGAAAGCGCUUUUUGAGAAACUUGAACGUGAUGAUGGAAAAGGAAAAGGAGAAUCCAGAGCUAAGCUGAAGAGGUCGCUGAGUUUUGGGGUUGCCAGCGCUAGCAGCAUUAAACAAAUUCUGUUAGACUGGUGUCGCUCAAAAACCAUAGGAUACAAGCACAUUGAUCUCCAGAACUUCUCCUCAAGCUGGAACGAUGGGAUGGCAUUCUGUGCUCUUGUACAUUCUUUCUUUCCUGAAGCUUUUGAUUAUAAUAAGCUUGACCCAGCUAAUCGCAAGCAGAACUUUGAGCUGGCCUUCACAACGGCUGAGAAAAUGGCUCACUGUGACCGUCUGAUAGAAGUGGAAGACAUGAUGGUGAUGGGUCACAAGCCAGAUCCCAUGUGCGUCUUCACCUAUGUCCAGUCUCUGUACAGUCAUCUACGACAUUUUGAAUAAAACCAUCGACACCUCUCCAGCCAGAAGGGUCAAGUACAGCAUGCUAACAGGAAGACUGACAUUUUGCAAAUGGAACACAGUAUUAUUUCUUGCUUUGUACUGUCCCUUUGCUUACAUUCAGCUGUGUAGCUGGCUGACUGAAGUAUUGCUGAGCAGUGCCCUGAAGUGUUGAUCACAUCACCGUGUCAGUAAUACGGAAAUAGGCUUGAAAAAGACAAAAAGACAUUGUUAAAGGCAAAUAUUGUCAUUUUGGUGCUAGUAGUAGAUUGGAUUUUUAUGUUUAAAGAUCACAGGAAGCAAAUGUACUUCUCCUGUAUGUAAGGCUGGGGACAAUUUUAUGCAGUGAUUCUGCUAUGAAGGUGUUCCAUCUUAAAAAGCAGGUAAAACUCUAGAAGAUAGCACCUUCAGUUUCACUUCUCUAUUGAGCAUAGUACAAAAGAAAUAGCAGAUGGACAAGGAAAAUUCUGUUUAGCAAAUAAUAACUUAGAGUGCUCAGCCACUAGGGCAAUAAUGCCUCUCCUCCAACCCUACCCCUCCACUCUAGCAUACACACACACUGAGAUCAAACAGGCAUUGGUUUGUUCUCUUAAAGCAUAAAGAGAGCAUAACCUUUUGUCUGAUGAGUGUGGUGACAGAUUACUACAUUACAUAAUGGCAUUUGUCUGUAAUGGUCAAAUCUAAUAGUAUAUGCCGAGAGGGUUGCUAAUGCCUCUACUGGCAGUCCUGGGGAUUAAUUUCUUGAUAAGACUAGCAACAGUUGGGACUGUUCUUUGUCUGAGAUUGUGUGUUUGCGUGGUUUAGGACUGCAGGAAAGGUAGAAGCUAGCAAGGUACAAAAUUCUUUGAACAGUUAUAAUAGAAACAAGCCUAUAAUGUGCUUUUACCUGGAUUUAUGGGGUGAGCAGCUCUUCAGUGUGGACAAGAGUGAACUCUUUACAACUUGUUCAGUACAAAUGCUGAUUCUUUGGCAGAUGAACAAUACACAACUUGUUCAGUACAAAUGCUGAUUCUUUGGCAGAUGAACAAUACACAAAAAUAUAUAUGAAAGACGUGGGAGUUUUGAAAUAGUUUCAAAAACUUUGCACUAGUUUCAUUUUUCAGUUAAAUUAAUAUUAAAACCACAGUACAGUUAGAUUAUUCCAGAUUAAUGGACUAAAAAAAGCCUUCUAAAAUUAUUUCUUCCCUACGAACAGGCUCAUAGAAAGAAAAAACUGAAAGCCACAAAUCAUCUGCUCAUGCUAGAGAAUGUUUUUCAACCUGCCCUUGUGCAUUUUGUAGAUAUUUAGAAAAAUUAAUUUGGUUCUGUAUUGAUGACAAUUUAUAAUAAAACAUAUCAAGCAUUCUUCAGAUUUAUUGCAUCUUUUUAGAAUAAUGUGACAGAUAACCAAGUAAAAUCAGUGAAAAGACAGAGCUUUUACUUAAAAGAUUUUUGUUCCAGUCAUGAUUCUGUGUGCUCUGAAUUUCAGUUUAAAAAGUACGUAAGUUCAACUGCAUUUGAAACAUGAUUUUAGUUCAGUCUCCCUUUCUAGUCUAGUUUACUUAAAAACCAUGAAUGAAGCAACUGCUUUGUUAGUAUAUAAAUGCCAUUGCCUUCAGUUUUUUACUUUGUCUUGAAUGAUUAUAAUUCUGAGGUAUAAGUGUGAGCCUGUAGCUCUACCGUAUGCACUGUAAGGAUAAACACAUUGUACUUAUGUUUUGGGGGAGUUUUGAGGAGCAAUCUGCCCAAAACUUGCACACACAAUACACCUAUUUACAUUCUUACAGUAGAAUACUUUUUAUUGAGUAGCAGAGGAAAGGUCCAUCAUAACUACAACAAGAGGGGCAAUACUGGCUUAAUACAUCGCAUUCCUUCACAGUCCGAGGUCAUAGAUGAUAUAACUGUGUGAUAUGAGUGCUGAAGACGCAGGUAAGUGCUUGGCCAAUUUAGCCCUAAUAGCAUAUAAUUUUAUAAAGGGACUUUUAGACUGUAAAAUGAUUGCAAAUUCAACAGGGUGAAUCUACAUACUUCCUGUAAUUUUGUUUUUGCAUCUACCCACAAGGUAUUUGUACAGGUUUUCUAAAGUCUUCCUGCUUCAGAGAGGUGAUUGUAAAGAUAUCUGGGACUUACCAACCACCUGUUUGCAGGAAAGUGUAAGACUGUAAGCUGAGUUGAUCUUUUGAUGGUUUGUGUGAAAGGGUUAGGGAGAUAGUGCAGUGCUAUGACAUACUUUUAAAAAAACUUACAGCUUUGUGCAUUAAGAGGUCUGCUCUAUAUGAAUGACCUCAACUAUUUGUUAUGAUUAAAUUGAAAUUAAAGUAUAUAAUGUAUGCCCCCAAUUGAUUUUUCAGUAUUUUUAUUUUUAAAUAAAUGCAGAGCAUGUGUGUAUAUAUGACAGUGUGUUUAGCAUGAAUGGUAAAAGAACAAUCUAUUAAGUUGGCAUAGUAUAUAUUUUACAGAAAUUGACUGUUUCUUAACUUUUCUAAUGUUUAUUAUAUCUAAAAGUAAAUCUAUAGUUGUUUAUUGACAACUUGAUAAUACUUUUAAAGGCUAAAUCAGUUUGUUCUGUGCAAUAUUUUCAAGAUAAUGUCAGCAGAAACAUCAUCUACUUUUUAAGACUAAGCUUCCCAUAGCAGCAGUCUUUCUCUUUUCAAGUGUAGUAACUGGAUGAAUGUCUUUCAUCACUUCUCUGUGUGAUAUUUCCAAUAAAGUGUUUAAUCUAAAA